AUGAUCCAACCAUCUACAGUUCUGUUCGUCCUAAGUCUUGUGUCGGCCAGUAAAGCUCAGGUGAAUCUUCAUGAAAGAAACCAUUUCCUCUUAGCUGCUGCAGGAGAUAACAUCACCUUAAAAUGUUCCUAUGAAGACAACAGCAAACUGCACGGUGCCACACAUCACUGGUACAAGCAAAGUUUGGGCACAAAACCAAAGCUGAUUUCUUCUUUUGCCAAAUAUCACCUGAUAGAAAGUUUGCAAGGAGAAUUCAACAAAAGCCGUCGAUUCACACUGGAUACUGAACAUGACCAGAAUAACCUAAAUAUAAAACAUGUACAAAUGUCCGACUCAGCAGUUUACCUGUGCAUAAGUUGUUUUCUACACGAUCUAGACGUCAUAGAAAGUGUCACUGUGAUUGUGAAGAGUUUGAGCCCAACAGUUAAAGUCCGUCAGUCUCCACAUGAGGAAACAGAACCAGGAAAUAAUGUGACUCUAAACUGUAGUGUCCAGACUGAGAGGUGUGAAGGACAGCACAGGGUUCACUGGUUCAAACAGUCUGAAGAGUCUGCAGCAGGAGUCCUGUACAGUCAUGGAGGAGGUCGUGUGGGUGAUGGGUGCAAGAACAAUGGAAAAAGUCCAACCAACUCCUGUGUGUACAGCCUCCCCAUACACAAUGUGAACUCAGAGCAGACUGGGACCUACUACUGCGCUGUGGCCGCCUGUGGACAAGUCCUGUUUGGAAACGGGACCAGGAUCACAAUAAAAUACAGCUUCAUCAGGGCUCGUGUGGGUGACUGUAACUCCCACCCGAUGUAG